GGCCGGGCCACCCCCCCCCCGCUCCGUCGCCACCAGACCCGCCCCUCAGGCGGGGCGGGCAGGGAGGAAGUGGCCCGGGAAGGCCGGAAGCGCCGUUGACGAGGGGUUGGCGGAGCGGGGCGCUGGUCGCUUUGCUGCUUGUCUACUUUUUGGAAGACUCGAUCUGUUUGCCGAGCAGGCUAACCCUUCUCUGUGGCUUACCGACACCGGGUAGUGAACUAGUUGCAGGCUCUCAUACCCUUAAGAUGUGUAAUAGAGCAUGUUGCUUAAAAGCAAAAGAUGCAACCUUAAGGCCUUUUCAGACAUGGAGCGCUUGACCCAACUGCUGAAGUAGCGAGAUCUCUGCUACCAUGGUUAGAAGAGGGAUUUAACCCUUGCAAAAGGAAGGAGUGAGCGUUAGCCCAAGAAGCAGCAGUUGUCCUGCAUUGCGUUUUCCCAGGCAACUCCAAAUAGGCAUUGCCAAUGGAUGAACUGGUACACGACUUGGCCUCAGCCUUAGAGCAGACUUCAGAACAAAACAAGCUGGAUGAGCUAUGGGAAGAGAUGGCUCUAAGCCCACGGCAGCAGCGACGUCAGCUUCGCAAGAGACGGGGUCGUAAACGACGCUCAGAUUUCACGCAUCAGGCAGAGCAUGCCUGCUGCUACAGCGAGGCCUCGGAGUCAAGCUUGGACGAAGCUGUCAAGGAUUGCCGUGAGGUGCUGACAACAAAUUUCAGUGACUCUGAUGACAUGGCCAUGGUCAAACGACACCCAGCUCUCAGUGCCACCCUGAGGAGCAAGCAACACUCGUGGCAUGAGUCAGACUCCUUUACAGAGAAUGCACCCUGUCGACCUCUCAGGCGCCGGCGGAAAGUCAAACGUGUGACGUCAGAGGUGGCUGCCAGUCUCCAGCAAAAGCUCAGGGUGUCAGAGUGGAACUACGAGAGGGGCUGCAGGUUCAAGUCAGCCAAGAAACAGCGUCUUUCACGCUGGAAAGAAAAUGCCCCUUGGACAUCAUCCAGUCAUGGCCUUUGUGAAUCAGCAGAGAACAGGCCCUUCCUCAGCAAAGCGGGAAGGAAGGAGCGGAUGGAGUGUGAAGCUGAUGAACAGAAACAGGGCUCAGAUGAAAACAUGUCAGAAUGUGAAACCAGCAGCGUAUGCAGCAGCAGUGAUACUGGCCUGUUUACCAAUGAUGAGGGUCGCCAAGGAGAUGAUGAGCAAAGUGAUUGGUUUUAUGAAGGAGAAUGUGUUCCAGGAUUCACUGUCCCCAACCUUCUUCCCAAGUGGGGAGCUGACCACCGAGCUGAAGUAGACCGGAUUGACUCAGGCCUGGACAAGCUGUCAGAUUCCACGUUCCUCUUGCCCUCACGGCCAGCUCAGAGAGGAUUUCAUGCUCGCCUGAAUCGCCUUCCAGGAGCUGCUGCCCGUUGUCUCCGAAAAGGUCGGAGGAGGCUUGUUGGCAAGGAGACCUCCAUGAGCACUCUGGGCACCGAGAGGCUAGGUCGUAUUGUUAGUGAUCCGCGCCAGAAAGAAAUGAACAAAGUGCUGGCUUCUGAUUUCCCACACACUGUGGCUUGUGCACAUGAGUUCAAUCCAUUAUCUCCUCUGUACUCUCUGGAUGUGCUUGCUGAUGCUUCCCACCGAAGAUGCUCACCAGCACACUGCACUGCCAGGCAACCAAAUGUACACCUGGGGCCACCAUGUUCAAGGGACAUCAAGAGGAAACGAAAGCCAGCUGCAGCCUCCAUGUCCAGCCCAACAUCAGCAACUUUAUCUGUCCACAUGGAUGCAGCAGAGUCAGAGCUACCAGCAGCACCAUCCCUGAGAUCCCAGAACUGUGAGUGGACAGGGAAAACACCAGCAGCUGAGAAAGCCACUACUGCUGCCUCCAGUAACUUUUUUAAAAUGCCACCAGAGAAGAGCCCUGGAUACAGCUAAGAGGAAGCAUUGCAACUGUAAAAGCUUGCUGGAUUUUGGACUCUGGUGUGUGUCUUCACUAAAUGUCUUGUUUGGCAGUAGUGAUGUCUUCAGUAUUGGUGCGUGAUGCGUGCCAUCAUCCAGACUGAUCUGCGUGCCCCACAUACCUAAAUCAUGUUUGUGAAUCUAUGUUUAAAAAAAGGUAAUCAGUGUUGGGACCGCAGUGGCUUUUAAAAAUGUUCUUGCUAUUGCUGUAUUUAUUAUGUGUUCAUCUCCUUCUCUGAUGCCAGCUCAUAUGUGCUGGGUCAUGUACAGAUUCUCUUGGGUUUUCAGAUCUGUAUUCACCCCCUGGACACGUUGCUUUCUUGUGCAUUUGGUGUUUUUUGGGUGAAAGUCCUACUACCACUUGGGGAGGCAAAAGUCUCCCCUUGCUUUCUUCCGGGCCAGGAGGAUUUCUUGGCUGGGGAAUGAGGAGGGAACACAAACAAGUUGAAACAUGGAACCUGAAUUCUGUAUUAGCAGAAUGUUUGCAGGCCACGUGCUAAUGGACUUGAAUCAUGUUGCUUCUAGCAAAGCAAAUACAGUGCUUGUCCGUUCAGAAAUUGCCAUUGGCUCAUGGGCAGCAUGGUCCGUUAGACCUUUUCCUUCUCCUUGUUCUGAAUGUCUUUAGUCUUGCUUGUGUAUUGCAUGUUCUUUCCUAAAUUUCCUACUGGUUAAGGAUUUGGGAGAACUACUUGGACAUAAAUAUGCAAGCUGGUGUCCUGGAAAGGAGCUUGGGCCCUUGAAUAUCCUUGGAGUAUGGUAGAGGAUACACAAAACUUCCAUUUCUUGAUGUAUAAAUUAAAAAUUGACUGUUAACUUCAUCGGCAAGUGUCCUUUAGAAAUGCUAACAUGCCAUUGAACAAAAAAGCCAUUUAAAGUAUCUCCUGAGUUCAGAGCAUAGUGGGUAGUGAUCAGACCACUUCUGUCUCAUGUUUUCCCUUCCUUCAAAAAGUAUUGUCUGCUAUAUCUACUGGAGGUGUCUCCACCUACUGAUGAUUGUACUUUACUCUGCAGCAUGCACAAAAGAGAUUCUCUUUUUUUGAUAGCACUUCCAUUUGGUCCCGUGUUACCUUCUGUGUUGCAGAAUUUAUGGAGAGUGAUUUCUUCCUGCUCUUUUCUUGAAUUCUUCAUCACACUCCACUUCCUUUCUUGAAUUACUCUGUCUGGAGCUUAUUUUGGGCUGUGUUUUUAGAAUAUAUACCUGCAUAGCAUGUGUCAAGGAACAGGUAGCCUCAUUGCUUCUGAAGUCCUUUAAAAUAAGAUACAUUUGUAUGCAUAGAACUCUUUUUGCUUUCCUCACUGGGUGGAGCUUUUGGACAGGACCGUUAUCCUGGUAAAAUUCAUUAUGAAUAUGGAGGUCCAGUUAGCACUCUUAAAUAGAUAACAAAAUUUGCAUGUUUUUAGUGUUUUUUUGCAGUGUUCUACACUCCCUUAUAAAUCAAAUGUCUGAGGCACAGAUGUGAUUGUGAGGUAUAAAGUGGUGACUUACAUUUAACUCUGUAUUAAAAUGUUAAAUGGUCAUAACAUACACAAACCAAAAAUUGAAUGACUCACUAAAUCAUGAUUGACAAAUACAGUUAUAUUACAGACACAUUGUCUGUGUCUGAUCCCCUAAUACCUACUUAUUCUUGGAGAUAGAUCCAAAUUGGAUUUAUAUUUCGCAGCCCAAGCAAACUGUCAGAUCCGUCCACGUAAAUCCCUCUCAAAACCUUUUUUGGGGUUUUUGGUUUUUUUGGUGGUAGUACAUUUUAGAACUAAUUAGAACAGGGAAAGCCUUUUUACCUUGCUGAAGGAGUACAGAGGUCAGUUUGGAUUACAGGACAAGCUGUAAGUGUUUUGUGGAGAGAGGAGUGUUCCUGUUUUAAAGCAGUCAUUAGAUUGUCUUAUUUUGUACUUCUUUUGAGCAGUGGUGCUUAAGAGGUAGCACAGGCUGUCUCAGCACUGGAGGGCCUGUAAUCUAGAACUUAGAGAAAGUAAACCUGAAGAGUAAUAGCUUGACUAUUUACUACUUAUGAACACAGUGAAGGGGAAAGGUGGUCACAUUUUCCUGACCACCUGCGGAUAAAUUUUAGGAUUGGAAGCCUUUUAACCUCACUUGCAGGCUGUUUCAGUGACAGGGAGUGGUCCCCUAAAAGAGCAUUUGUGCAAAUGAGUGUUUUUUUUUCUCAUGAAGGAUCCUCCACAACCUCUCUUGGUUUGAGUCUAAAAUUUUAAAUUUUGGAUGUUGUGUUCUUUUUUAAAACCAAUUCUGAUGUAUGUUGCUACAUUCUGAGUAUUGUUCAGAGUAGUUCUGUUUCUUCUGUGGUGUCAGGACAGUUUUAAAACUUUUAUAAGAGGGAUUUGAGGUGUUAGGGAAUCAAUGGCCUGCCUUCAUCUUACUCAUUGUGGAGGGGAGGGUGGGGCUGCCAGACUUCACAUGAUUUUUCUCUGUGGGGCAGGGAAAGAUAAUUUAUCAGAUUUUCCUAUUGAGGUCAGUAGCACUGUUCAUCUGGUUAAGCCUUUACUUAGGUUGUAAGCUCUUAGGAGGUCUUCCUUUCCUUUAAAGGUCGAAUGUACCUGUGGCAGUACUGAAAAGUAACUGUGGCAGGCCUUAUCUUGGUAAGCCAUAUUUCCUGCCUUGGCAACUUUCUGGAAGUGACAGGAGACUCAAGUUCUUGCAGCUGCCCUGUCUUUCCUAUUUCUAGGUUAGAACCCAUUUGCAGGUCGGUCAGGCUGUCAACCAAAUUUGAUUCUCCUGAGUGGUGGACAAACUAAAUGAAUUAGCUGUCUUGUUACUCCAGGGUAUUUAUCAAAAUUCAUCUCUAGAUUUCAGUAGCUUGAUACAGAUUUGAAUAUUUGCAGCAUUCUUAGAUGAAUGAACUAGGUGCAUUGUUUUGUCUCUCUUCCUCUAAGGAAGAUUCCUUAGAACUCACCCAGUACUCUCAGUGAAGGACACUGCUUCAGACGUGGUUUGCUUGAGUAGAAAGGAACAAUAACGUGCCUUGAUUUGGUAGCUGUACUUCUACUAAGGUGGUCCAAUAUGUGAUUAUUGCUUCAAAAAUACACAGCUAAGCUGAUAUCCUAUGUCUUGUCCACCAGGACUCAUCAGUCUUUUUCCAGGUUUGCCUUCUCUCCAGUUGUCUUUGCACCUUGUCCUUAUGGGAGACUUCAACUUCCCAGGCAUCAACUGACAAAUUGGGGUGAAGAAAAAGUGGAGGCAUUCGAUGUUGGUGGGUUGUUGGGGUUUUUUUGCCUCAGUCUGUAAUAAUACUGAUAGGCCUUGGGCUGCCUGCUCCUCUGAGUUGGAGGACCACGACUGUGGGAACAGUGACUUCCGAUUUGUGGACACUGAAAUUGUAAGGGACCAGCUGUAUCAGCUGAACGUUUGUAAGUCUGUGAGGCCAGAUGGGAUUCAUCUCAGAGGUGCUAGUGGAUGUUACAGCAGAACCCCUCUCAAUCAUCUACCAAAGGUCUUGAGAGCCUGGAAAGGUCCCUGCUGACUGGAAGCUAACCAGUGUUAUGCCAAUUUACAGGAAAGGCACAAGGGAAGACCCAGGAAACUACAGACCUGUUAGUCUAACCUCAGUACCUGGAAAAGUUAUGGAGAAGAUCGUACUGGGUGCUAUUGAAAGGCAUUUAAAGGACAAUGCAUUCAUCAGGCACAGUCAGCAUGGAUUCACAAAGGGAAAGUCUUGUCUAACUAAUUUGAUCCCCUUCUACGAUAAGUUCACCCACCUAGUGGAUGAAGGGAAGGCAGUGGAUGUAGUUUUUCUGGAUUUUAGUAAGGCUUUUGAUACUGUCCCUCACAGCAUCCUUCUGGGCAAGUUGUCCAACUGUGAGAUGAGCAAUUACAUGGUGUGCUGGGUGAAGAACUGGCCGAAGGGUAGGACUCAAAGGGUUCCAGUGAAUGGGGCUACAUCUGGCUGGUGACCAGUCACCAGCAGUGUUCCUCAGGGCUCAAUUCUAGGGACAGUUCUGUUCAAUGUAUUUUUUAAUGAUCUGGAUGCAGGAGUUGAGUGCACCCUUAGCAAGUUUGCUGACGAAACUAAACUGCGAGGUGCUGUUGACCCUCUCAAGGGACAAGUGGCUAUUGCAGAGGGAUCUAGAUAGAUUGAAGCAUUGGGCAAUCAUCAAUAGCAUGAAACAUAACAAGAACAAAUGCUGGAUUCUGCAUCUGGGAUAGAGUAAUGCCAGACACAAGUAUAAAUUGGGAGAGGAGUGGCUGGAGACUAGUCUUGCAGAAAGGGAUCUGGGGGUGCUGCUUGAUGGCAGGCUCAGUGUGAGUCAGCAAUGUGCCCUGGCAGCCAAGAGGGCAAACUGCGUCCUGGGGUGCGUCAAACAGCAUAACCAGCCAAUCAAAAGAGGUGAUUAUCCCACUGUAUUUAGCGUUGGUGCAGCUUCACCACGAGUAUUGUGUGCAGUUCUGGGCCCCACCAUUUAAAAAGAAUGUGAAGGUCCUUGAAUGUGCCCAGAGGCAGGCGACAAAGCUGAUUAAAGAGCUGGAAGGCAUGUCAUGUGAAGAGUAGCUAAGGACUAUGGGUUUGUCUAGUUUGGAGAAAAGGAGGCUGAGGGGCAACCUCAUUGCUCUCUACAGCUUCUUGAGGAGGGGAUGUGGAGAGGGGGGUACUGAGCUCUUCUCCCUGGGAUCCAGUGACAGGACAUGUAGGAAUGGUUCAAAGCUGCAUCAGUCAGGGGAGGUUGAGACUUGCCAUCAUACAGACGCUUCUAUAUAGAGAGGGUGGUCAAACACUGGAGCAGGCUUCCUAGAGAGGUGGUCAGUGCCCCAAGCUUGUCAGUAUUUUAAGAGGCAUUUGGACAAUGCUCUUAAUAAUAUACUUUAACUUUCGGUCAGCCCUGAAGUGGUCAGGCAGUUGGACUUAGAUGAUCGUUGUUGGUCCCUUCCAACUGAAAAUACUCUAUUUUGUUCUAUUCAUGAGGUUUCUGUCUCUUCAUUCCUCCAAUCUGUCAGGGUCCCUCUGGGUGGUACUCCCACCCUCCAGCUUAUCAGUGGCUCCCCUCCCCAACAUGCCAUUAUUUCUGAUCUUGCUGAGAGUAUGUUCUGUCUCCACCAGAUUGCUAAUGAUCACUGAACAGGAUUGAUCCCAGUAUUGUCUUGAGGCAUGCUUUUCAUAACUGGCCAUCACGCAGAUUUCAAACCAUUGAUUGUUAUUCUUUGAGCCUGACAGUUCAGCCAGUUUCUCCCUGACCUAAUGGAAGGCAUCCAGUCCAUAGCUCCUCCAUAUGGCUAUAAGGAUGCUAUGAGAGACUGCAUCAGGAGGCUUGCUGAAGUCAAUGUAAACAGCAUCCACAGAGCCCGUCAUUUCAUCAUAGAAGGUAGUCAGGCUCAUAGGCAUGAUUUUCCCUCAUUUAAUCUCGCUGCCUGUUCCCAGUCACCUUCUUGUCCUUUGGGUGCCUGGAAGUGGCUUCCAGAACUUGCUCUGUAAAUCUACAAGAGACUGAUGUGGGGCUGCUAGCCUGUCAUUCCCCAGAUCCUCCUUCCUGCCUUUUUAGAAAGGUGGCAGGAUACGUACCCCUUCCUGUCCCUGGCGACUUCAUGCAAUUGCCACAAUUUUUCGUAGAUGGCAGAGACCAGUCUUAUAAAGACACAUUUUUGCAAACAGGGCUUUAUUUAUGUACAGAGAGAGGAUGACAUUCAGUGAAAGAGAAAUUGAGAACUAGGAGGAGUACAUUUAGUAGCUGUUCUUUGCACAUUUCCAGUAUUUCUGGUGAGCUCUAGUAAGGCUUAAUGUUCAGUUUGGUAGGAACUGGAGAAGUGCAAAUUAAAAGUAUGUAGUUUCUAGCUUUCUGGAUUUAUGAUUUUAAGGUAAGGUACAGUAAAGAGUGAAGAAGACAAGAAAACAGUAGCUGGAGAGAAACCUGUUAGAGCUGGAACUAGUGUUACUGAAUGAUAGAUUAGCUUCAUGAUUGCAGUGUGCAGAGGUGUGUCUUGCCAGCGUUCCUGAAUAAUGACACUGGGAUGGUUAGUGCUGUCCUUCCAACUGUAGAAGCUCAUGCUGUUACUUUGUGGCUGUUGCAGAGACCUGCUCAGUCUGCAGAGGAUGAGAAGGGAAAUUGGAGGAAGGGCAACAAGAAGGGUGAUUGAGUGCCUCUUUUAUUGUAACCCCUUCUGCACUGAAGAAAGAAGUUGCUACACAAAACCAAUGUGUGUGCCUGGAUAUCAAAAAGGAAUUACAUAAAGUGGAUAAGAACUUUGCUUUGUUGUCUUGAGGAACAGUUUCGUAACCAGAGAAGAUUUCAGUGAAGCAAAAGUGAAUGAUGCUACCAGUCAUUUGUUCAGAAAAUGUAUUUUAAUAGUCUGUUAGGAGACUAUCAAAGGAGGGCAAACUUCUGUUCUCAUUGUGAUACUGCAUUACUGUGUCUUUGUCCCCUGCAUACUAUUCCAGUUUGUGUUUUGUGCUUGAGACAUCCUGCUUUCGUACCAUCAAAUAUGGGAAAAAUACUUUACAGCAAUGCUUCUUAAGGUGUAAGCAUAAGGAGCCACUUGCUAUACAAGAAAGCAAGACAAGAUUUUCUUAGGCCAUUAACUUUUAUGCAAUACAAGGACUGAACUCAGCAAAGAGAACAUAAUGUCUUAAUUGUACCAAAGCAUCUCAUUCUUAAAAAAGUAAACUGUGCCAUAGGCAAGUGCAGGGAGGCUAAACUGUCAGCAGUGCCUGGAGAUUGUGUGUGGCUGGACCUCAAUCAGGUGACGUACAGACUUACGUUGUGGAGACAGAGGGAACCUUCAGCAUCAUUCUCAACUUUAAUGUGGGUAAAAUGCCUUCCCAACUGCAAACCUGGCUCUUAGUGUGAGUCCAGUGAGUUGACAAAGAUGUGUUAACUGGCAUACCAGGAAAAGAGGAUUUUUGUACCAACUCAGAGAAGUGGUAAAAUUGGAAAAUGGACUGGCACGGCCUGUUAUAUCAGAGAAAAAUGCAGAAUACAUAUACCUGCAGAUAAUAAUCAGAAAAAGCAUUGCUGAGCCCUGCAUGUAUGACCCAGAGUAUUCAUUGUCUUAAAGCAGAGCUGCCAGUAUUAUGAGGAUGAUCAGGGUUUUGCAAAGCUGCUCUCUUUUCCUUGUAACCUCUGAAGGAGAUGGGAUGAACAGCAUAAGAAAGGCUGCACUGGGUCAGACCAAAGGUCAUUUUGGCUUGGUAUUCUGUCUCUUACAGUGGCUGGGUCUGGAUGCCUAGGGGUUACUGUAAGGACGAGGUAGUUAAUGCAGUGAUACUUACUUUUUAUGUUCUCUUAGCCCAGUGUCCUGCCUCAAAAAGAUUUACAGACUCUUUCUUCAAGGCUGGAGAAAACUUUACUGAACCUUUUGGCUAUAGUAUUUAUCCUGCAACUGGAUUUAAUUGUAUUUUUAGAAGAACAUGUAAUUGGACUUUAAAAACGUCAAGUAAGAAUUAGCUCAUCUUUCUUGGUAAUCAGUUGUCUUAUUAAUUACCCUCUUUAUAAGGAAAUUAUGUCUUCUCUUGGAAUAGUUUCUUGUUAUGCUUUUUUUUCCCAGCAAGGUUGUGAAGUCCUAUUCCUCCUUUACAAUUAGGCUUCUUUGUCAUAUAUAACUACCCAUACCCAGUCAACAAGUCCUAUGUAAUCCACUAACCCAUAUAAGUCAUUUUUCAUAAGCUUCACACUGCAAAACUUGUCAUUUAACCUUUAAUUAUGCUCCUGCAUGAAAAUGCCCAGUAUUCCACAUCCAUCUGCAUUCAGUUCUAGUGUCUACACUUAGAGUAUUCUUUACAGAAGUAGGAACACUUGCUUCCCUAUUGCUAUUCAGGCUUCAUAUACUCAUAUAUCCAAACAUCGUGCUAGCCCUUGCUGCCUAAACACCGCUGUUAACGCUACCAUAAAAGUGAUAUUCAGGCAGUCGACUCUGAAUCUAAAGUUCUUAUCAUUGCUUUUCAAUGCACAAGGCCCUAGAAAGGAAGAACACCCCCCCCCUUUUUUUUUAAAUUAUUAUUCCAGAAUGCAUUGCAUUUCCUUUAGCAGCAUUACAGUGCAAUUUUGGACUGACAGUUUUUAUAAUUUGGAAUACUUAAGAGCUCAGUCUAUUUAGUUCUAUCAGAAGAGGAUCAGAGAUGUCUUGCCUGUGUGGUAGAAAGUCCUUUAUGGAAAUACUAGGUAAUAAAGUGUCUCUAGUCUUGAACAGAUGGGCAUAAAAAUGAACUUGGAGGUAAAGCCAAAUGAAUUCAAGUUAGAAAUAGGGUGUGAGCUUUUAACAGUGAGGACAGAUUAACCAUUGGAAUAAAGUACUAUGGGAAGCAGUAGCUUCUGUGUAUCUUCAGGCUUCAAUUUGAAGACAGCAGCUUUAUGGAAGGAAUGUUGUAACCAAAUAUAAGCCAUUGAAAUAAAUACAGAGGCAUCUAAAAGACGUUGAAUGGUCAGUUUUAUAGUGAAGUUCAGUCUACGUGAAAUGGUAGUUGCUUCUGGUUUAGAUCCUCAGAGAAGACCGAAGACUUUUUUUCCUACAGUAUAGAGAUCUGUUGAAAAAUGGGAAGUGUUCUGUCAAACAUAGGGAGAAGUCAUAGUGAUGGAAGUUUUAUGGUGUUAACAAAAGAUUGUCAUGAAAUUUGCAUGGGAAGGUGAGAUGAGAAAAAAUUCAUGUGCCAACUGAAAUGAGGCAUCAUUUCUGCAUGCUAGUUCAUUUGUGAUUAAUAUAAUGACACGUGAGUGUGCAGUCUUCAGAACCUACACGAUCGCUCAGUUGAAGAGCAUCCUUGGUGAGGAUUGCCCCUUUCUUGCUGUACUGGCAGCUAGAGUUCUGCUGUCUUGGGGUGAUGUUCCCUGUGUACAUGCUCAGUUUCAGCAGCUCUGUCUCAGUUCAUUUGCUCAGCUGCGUGAAAUGCUUGCAUGUUGCACUGAAAUCAGAAACAAAUGAGGGACAGCAUUGGUGGGCUUAUUACCUUCAUAGGAUACUUGCUAAAAAAAAAGUAUGCAAUAUCUUUCUCAAUCAUUAUAGCAGUUGCUUCUGCUUUUCUCCCUCAUGGCAUAGAGGGAAAUUGCCUCCUUGUAAGAGUGCCCUUUUGGUCGUCUGUAGCCUUCACUAUUGCACUGAAAAAGCAGAUGGUAGGUUUCUCCAUUUGGAAGAGCUCUUCUGCGCUCACCUGAGAGGAGACGGUGUGACUGGAGGAAGCAGUUUUCUGGUAAUGUGUUCUCUAACAUUAGGAAGCAGUGACUUGUUCAGUUUUUUCAGCUUUAAAAUACAUUGUGCUAUACCUUUGUUUCAGAAUGAAUGUCAAAUUCUAUUGAUGGAAUAGUGCCACAUUCGAAUUGUUGCUUCAGAUCUCAAGUCCUGGACAGAGUGUUAAUGUCCCAUGCUAGCAUUUGUUUUUGAUUGCCCAGAUUGGCGUAUGUGAGACCUCAUUGCUGGAAGCUCUUCUACAAGUGCCAUGAGCUGAGACUGGCCUGGCCUGACCAGAGCCCCUGGGCACUGCUGAAGCCAUUGAAUUUUUCUCUCAAGUUUAGCAACAUCAGACAGCCAAAGCUACCAUCAGUUGCGUUCUAGCUUCCUCCUGUCUCAGAGGGAGAUAGUUCAUGAACAGGUGUAUUCCAAAUCUUUAAAGAACUGCAUUGUGCAUGUCCCAAAUGUUUUAUGUGCUUGUAAGAUUUAACUGUUUGAUACGGAUCAGAUUCUGGGUUCCUAGAACUCUAUUUUGAGGGUAACAUGUAAAUAAGGAAGAUUCUUGCUUGUAUUCCUCUGUCUUAAAUAUGAUGUGUAUUCUCUGAAUGAGGCUCUUGCAGAAUCUUUGUUCUGAUUAUAGAAACUGGAAAUAAAUCAAUAUUAUGAAAGAAGUGUUUCAUCUGAAAUAAAGUGAACUGAGUUGAGAGUGGGAUAAGAGACGCUUCGCUGACAUCUAACUAGAUUUACAGUGUUGGAAUGUCCAUAAUCAGCAUGCUUCCUUGACUGUUUCCUUACGUAUAAACUGUAACCUGAAGGUCUACAGGGAGUUACUAUGCUUUUCUUCCGUUGAAGUGCAAACUUGAAUGAAGGAUUUGAGGUAAUUUAUCAUGUCCGUGCUUUGUUUUUUGCAAUGAUUUUGUUUGUUUCCUGGUCUGUCAUGAUGUCAUCUCUAGACAAGUGAGAUGCUCCCUGUUUGGAAUUUAAAACAAUUCCAGAGUUUAAGUAGCCUUUCACUUCCAAGGCACUGUUUCAGAUCUGCCUGGUCCCAAAAGGGAUUUCAUUUAAAUGAGCAGGUCAGUCUCAAUUGAUAGUUUAAUGGAUAUCUAUUCAUUUUGCCAACGCUAACAUCCUUUUAAGAUAGAUUGGCAUAAUUCUUUUUUAUCAUGAUAGCAGUGGCUUCAAAGAUCAAAUGAGCAGUGGACUUUGAAUUUUCUUUUGCAUAUAUUUGUCUCCCAGUAUUGAUAGCUAUGCACACUUGUGGAAGGAACAAAACAGGAUUCUUCCUACAUUAACUGUUCCAAGGAAUAAAUUGUAAAAAACUAGAUCCCAAGUUGAUUGAAUAAUUUUAAACAAAAAGAUCAAGAUCUUUUGGAAAUUGUUUCAAGUUCUCAACGCUAUAUUGGCAGUGUGUGUGCGUGCGCAUGUGUCCAAUUUUUAAAAGUGAUGAUUUUCCUCUCUCAUCUGCAAGCUGCACCUGUGAGAACUGGGAAAUGUUCCUGGUGAAAUGUGCUGAUUUUUGUUGGGAGCAAGGAGAAAAGAGCUCUUAACAAUAGAUUCUCUUAUAGGAAGUGCCCAGAUUUGGCAAACGUGAUCAACAAUGGGUAACAGUCAAAAAUGUCAGAUACCUAAAAAUCAUUAUGAGCUGGUUCAGUCUUCCAUCUACUUGCAUUUUUUUUCCCCGAGGAAUGAAGCAUUUAAUAACCAGAGGCAUUUCUAUGAGGGAAAAAAAAAAGC